AUGUCUCAGUCCUCCGUCAGCAACACGAUUCAUGAAGUGGCGGAGGCUAUCAUCGUCCUUGGUAGGCGGCGGAAGUUGGUGGACUUUCCGUUGACGGCGGCUGCCAAGGAAGAGGCGAAGGCGGCAUUCGCGCGACUUGGCCGCAUUCCUGGUGUACUUGCGCGCGUGGACGGCACACUGAUUGCCAUUGAGAAGCCGGAAGGCCUCAGCAUAGCGGAUACGGCGAGCUUCAUGACCCGGAAGGGGUGUGCGACGCAGGCCUCCGCAUCCUGGUCGUCGACCCCCGUUUUCCAGGAUCAUGCCAUGAAGCGCCUCGCUGCACAACUUCAGCCUGGCGAAUAUGUACUCGGUGAUUCUGGCUAUCCUUUGGAGCCAUGGCUGAUGAUACCAGUUCCUGGCCAUCCACGCGGUGUCUCCCCCGAAUGCCUCUACAACAAAGAGCUCUCCUCCAUGCGCCAUGUUGUGGAAAGGUGUAUCGGAAUGCUGAAGAGCAGGUUCCGCUGCUUGCAGCGCUACAGAACUUUGUUCUACAGCCCCGACCGAGCAGGGGCAAUUGUUUCAGCCUGUGCUUCUCUCCACAACAUUGCCUUGGAGGAAGGCGAGCCGGUGUUCGACGAGGACGUCGACAGCGGGGAAAUGCCAGGCCAGGACGAUGCAGAGCUGCCACAAGCCUCGCAGGCGCUGCCGUCGUUGCAGGAGAUCUACCUCAGGGGCAGGCAGCAGCGCGAUGCCGUCGUCAGCCUUUUCUAAUGUUUCCAAGAUAUGCCUGGCGACAGCACACCACCAGCAGCACAGGACUGGUAAGUUGAGA